AAGCAGGUUUAUUUUUCGAGGUGUUUUUACGCAUUCUUAUACGCAAAAAUUACAAAUGGCAAAUCAACCUAAUGUCAACGAAACAACUCCAUCAACUCCUCUCUCAAGCAAAAUACGUCCAAAACUUGAACAAAUUCAAAAACAACAACCAUCGGCAAAGCGAAGACGUUUAGCAGUUAAAGAUGAAGAAGUAAAUGAAGAAUCUGGGGAAGAUUUUUUGGUUGUUGAUGAUGGCGAAUUGGAUGUGACUACGAUUAAAAAAGAUGAGCAACAUAAUAUUGGGUUAGAUGAUGAUGAGGGAGAAAUUGUUGAAUUUGGGAGAGGAUAUACAAAUAAAGGAGCUCUUUGUAUUUGGCACAAUGGUUAUCGUUAUGUACGUGUUAGACAUGAUGGUCCAUAUUGGCGUUGUACUGAAAGCAAAUGUCCAGCAAAAGCUUCCGCUGUCGAACAUUCAGAUGGAAGGAUUGUAGGCAAAUUAAGAUUAGAACAUUCCCAUUUACCUCAACCAGAACGUCGUUUGGCAGAAAUUAAGAGGCACGAAUUAAAGCAAAGAGCUAGAGAAGAUCCAAAUUUGAACAGAAUUAGAUUAAUUGCAAGUAUUCGGGCUGGAGUUGAUGAUGAAACUUUUGUCGCUAUGGGAUCGGAUAAUGCACUUGGAAUUAUGGCUUAUAGGUUUGUUAAAAUUUAUUUUUUUCGGGGUGGAAAAUGGUUUUCCAAUCUACCCAAUCAGUGCUUUCUUGGGUGA